GGUUUUAGUGGUGGCGGUCUCUUCGUCGUCAUCCCUGUGUAUGUGAGCGAAAUUGCCGAAAAUAAAGUCCGUGGCACACUUGGUUCGAUGAUGAUAUUGUUCUGCAAUGGUGGUGUUCUGGUCGGUUUUGUCUUGGACAGCUAUCUGGAUUAUUUCGGCCAAAUCAAGGCAAAUAUCAUGUUGCCAACACUUUACUUGCUCAUAUUCAACUUCUUCCCAGAAACGCCUGAAUACUUGCUGAAGCGUAACCAAAAGAUCGCUGCCGAAAAAUCGUGCAACUUCUAUCUUGGCCUCAAUAAUCCACCAUCGUACGAAAUGAAGCAGAUCGACGAAAAGGAAAAGACUUACGAAAAAGUUGUAAAUGAUGAGAGCAUCGAUGAUGGCUUAUCAUUUUCAGAUUUCUGA